AUGAUACUGGGACUGCUGUUAUUUGGCGGGGUUACGCUCGCCCAGCUGCUUCCACCCAAGUACUCCAGCGAUGAUCUGAUUGACCUUCCCGACUCCAUUGAACUUCACCGCGACCGACUUUCAAAGCAAAAUCCGAAAACGCUUCACAACCUCCCGACGUCGGAGCGAAAUCGCCACACUCGCCCUGGUGGCCUCGAAUUGAUGAAUGGCCAGAAGCACCAUGUCGGGUCGGACGAGUCGGGCUCCGAGGAAUUCGCGCCUCGACAUUCUGGCCAUCAGGGAGCCAGCCGGAACCACCGCCUCGACGUGCUGAUCAGCGUCUUUGGCGUGGGAGGAGGAGCCUCGACUGAGGAGCUUGACUACGGCAAUGAUCCAUUGCUGGAGCGUCUUCAGGGGCGACCGUGGGGACAACCGAAGAAAGGAGGACGUCGUCCUCAAGUUCAGCACCACGACACCGCUCACGAGACGAACUUUGAGGAUCAGCGAUUGGAGAGCGAGCCGGAGCACACUCAACAGAGACCCCGCCAGCACGGCACCGGUACCUUCCACCCACACCCGGCGAUGGGCCCAGUCGGAAGAGGACGACGUCGCCCGCUUGGCCCGGUCGGCGGCAGCAGCAAGAUGGUGGAGAUGGGACCACAUUUCUCGGACUUCAGCCCUCCAAUUCUUGUGCCAGAUCACCCGGAAGUUGAUCCGGCACCAUGGCCAAUGGAGCCGCAGCGCCGCCAAAUUCUUCGAACUCCCGCAAACGAUGAUGACCUGAGCCUUCAGAUUGGAGAGAAACGAAUGCCCGCCAAGCAUAACGCACCCGGGCUGGAGACCAUCGUCAGCUCCGAAGAGUUCCCCGAAAUCCCCCGGGCCAAGCGACAAGUCAGCGAUGAACCGGAUGAGGGAGAGGAGGAGGACGACACCCAGGAAGUCCUUGAGCGCUCCAAUAAGCUCAGUCCGCUUCGGGUACCGCUUCACAGGGGGCCGAUCCAGACGGUGAAACCACCUUUCCAGCCCAUACCGACGAUCUGGUUUCCCACGGCACAGAAGCACGAUGAACACAAACUGCCCCUGAUUGGCCAAAACCAACUUCCGAAUGCCAAAUCAUCUCCGAAACCUGCCACAACAACCCAAUAUCCACCAGUACAUGUUCAACUCAAGCCAGGACAGCAGAUUGAAAUGGUCGACGAGCCGUUGUCGAUUAGUCUCGAUGAUGUGAAAAAGCCCCACCAUCCCCAAGGAAAGCCCAACCACAAGCCAAUCCCGCGCGACUUCCAAAUGACAAACCGCUCUUCAAGCAGUGGAGCGCCUGGAGAGACGCUGGGAGCUGUACGGCCAAGUGCGGAAUGUGUGGAUGGAAGCGACAAGAGCGGGAGUGUCCUCAUAGCAUUUUCUGCGAAGGUCCCAAGCACCGGUACGUCCCUUGCGGCUCCAACGUCUGCGACAAGGACACCCCCGAUCGGAGGGCUGAACGGAUGCUGUACCGGCUUUAGGCCGAUGAUGGUUGAGGAGGAGGAACCCUUCCGGAACCCGAAGUCGCACCUCGAAAUCGAAAUUGAGAUCGAGAUUCGCCGUAGGAAGCACCAAGUCCUGCGAUGUGUCGCCAUCAACCAGACUGAGCAUCAGGAGUAUGAAGGGAAACAGCACAAAGUCGGCUUGCAAAAGCGGCCAACAGGUUGGGAGAGCCACAGCCACGAGAGUUCUUCCUCCGAAGAAGAACGCGGGCAUCGUCAGCCUCAGAAGCACCACGACCACGGGGUGACUCUGAUUGCGCGAAGACCGCAUCCGAGGCCCAAGCCAACCUCCGAGCCAGCUCCUAUCCGAUGGCGACCAGUACAUGGUCAAGGAAAGCCAGGAGUACAUGAAGCUGUCGACGAGCCAAUAUCGAUUAGCCUCCCAGAAAAAUAUGAGCGACACCACCACGUCCCUCCGAUGAGGCAUACCAAUCCGAACAUCGACAAUGCCGUGAGAAAGGGUGGAAAAGGGUACAAGAAGAGCCGGAAGCAACUACAAAACCUCUUCAAAGUGUCCGGAAUGCCAUUGACAAAGAUUGAUGAGGUCCUCCGCAUCGAAGUCCCAAAGACCCUGACCCUAGAGCGAGAAAUCCAUGAGGUCCACGGAUCUGGCCGCACUCUACUUGGAAUCCAGAAACAGAACUUGAAGCUGCACAACAACCACAAUAACCAUCCCGACGAGCCGGAGGAGUUCGAGGUCUAUGGAGAUUCGCAGAACUUGAUCAACCGCAAUUACAAGAUGGGACCAGUUGGCGGAGCGGAAUUUGACGAUCACCCAAUCUAUGAACAACAGAAGGAAAGGAAGCGGCAAUCGCAGCGUGUUAGUUUGGAAGACUUUGAGAUUGAGCAGCAUGAUAAUGAGGAUUGUGACGAGCAGGACGAUUUCGACACCACAGCCGACGACAGCAUCGAAUUGCUAAAAGGCGCUGGGCCCAACUACCAGCGCCCUGUGCGUCCCGGCAGGCCACCGAUGCGUGAUUACUAUGACGAUUUUGGGCAGCCGGAUGUUCCACUCACGCGCACCUCUGGACAAAAUAGACAACCGCGAUCCUCGAAUUUCCAACCCGACUACGACGACACCGAUGAUAGGAAUUUCGAGGGGAAAUUGUGCGCUAACGCGCGGCACAGCGUUAGCGGAUGU